AUGUCAGCCUUGACAAAGAUCCGCGAGGGUCUCGCCCGUGAGGAUAACACCCAUGUUGCCGGGACACUGGCUCCUCACGAGAAGGAGAUCCAUGAGACUCCUGAGAUCGUCAGCGAAGUUAGUCCUGACCACGACAAGGAGGCCACUGCUGGUACUAUCAACCCUGAUGACAAGGGCAACGACUCUGAUGUUCCUAGUGAGGACGUUCAGAAUGGUGUCAAGGAGAUCCAGGCCAUCACCCUCACUUGGGGUAAGGGGUCUCUGGCCGCUCUUCUGUGUCUGAUCUGGACUCUGUUCCUCAUCAGCGGUUUCCGCGGCUCCUUCUAUCUCGUGCUGGUCCCUUAUGUCACCAGCGAGUGGAGGGCCCAUUCCCUCAUGACAACCAUCCCCAUCGUAUCAGACGCCAUGACCGCAGCUUGCUAUAUCCCCAUGGCCAAGGCUCUCGAUGUCUGGGGCCGCGCCGAAGGUUUCCUGCUCAUGAGCGGCUUUGCCACUCUUGGUCUCAUUCUCAUGGCCGUUUCCCAGAACCUCGCCACCUUUUGCGCUGCUCAGGUAUUUUACUCUGUCGGCUGGGGAGGCAUGAUCUAUGCCGUGGGUGUGCUCGCUGCCGACGCCUCCAACCUUAGGAACCGAGGCUUGGCCUUUGCCUUUACUUCUUCUCCUUACAUGAUCACUGCUUUUGCUGGUUCCAAGGCCGCUGCUGCUUUUGUCAUCGAUGUCAAGAACUGGCGAUGGGGUUUCGGCUGGAUUGCACUUGUUCUGCCCUGUGUCACGAUCCCUCUUUUCCUUGUCCUCAAGGUCAACCUGCGCAAGGCUUUCAAGAACGGCACAGUGACCAAGACCACUCGAAGCCGUGGCUUUUUUGGUAGCGUCUGGUGGGCUUUCAACGAGUUUGAUGUUAUCGGAAUCUUCCUCUUCGGUGGAGGCCUCGUUGUCUUCCUUCUCCCAUUCAACCUCGCGGGCCACGCUCCCAACGGCUGGAGCACUGGCUACAUCAUCGCCAUGAUCAUUGUCGGCUUCUGCACCCUCGUCUUUUUCGGUGUUUGGGAGUACUGGCUUGCCCCUGUCCCCUUCCUCCAGGGCCGUUUCCUUCUCGAUCGAUCCGUCGUCGCUGCCUGCAUGAUCGAUCUGACUUACCAAGUCUCCUACUACACCUGGAACUACUUCUUUACGUCCUUCCUGCAGGUCGUCGUCAACCUCGGUCCUGCUGAGGCUGGAUACGUCAACUCGACUUUCCAGGUCGUUUCUGGUGUGCUUCUCUUCAUUGUCGGCUUCCUCAUUCGAAAGACCGGCUUCUACAAGUGGACCUUCUACUUCGCUGUCCCCAUCUACAUCUUCGCUCUCGGCCUCAUGAUCCAUUUCCGUGCCCCCAACCAGUACGUUGGAUAUAUCAUUAUGUGUGAGAUUUUCAUCUCCAUUGGUGGUGCGGUCUUUAUCUUGGUUAUGCAGCUCGCCGUCCUGGCUGCUGUUGCACACCAAUAUGUCGCUGCUGCGCUUGCUACGCUAUAUGUUGCUGGAGGUGUCGGUGGUGCUGUUGGAGGCGCUAUCUCAGGUGCCAUCUGGACAAACACUUUUAUUCCUCAACUCAUCAAGAGACUCCCGGAAUCCGAGGUGGCCAAUGCAACUCUUAUUGCGGGAAGCAUUGUGAACCAGCUUGCAUACCCCGUCGACAGUCCUGCUAGACUUGCUAUUCAGGAGUCGUACGGCUUUGCCCAAGUCAGAAUGCUUGCUGCGGGCGUUGGAAUUGCUUCUUUGUUCUUUAUUUGGGUUCCCAUGCUGAGGAACAUUGAUGUCAAGAAGCUCAAGCAGACCAAGGGUCUUGUCCUCUAA